UUAAUGUUAUUUUUAUCGUGCCCGUCGAGUCGCGUUUUUCGGUGUGCUCGGUCGAACACUAGACAACGGCAGCUAGUUUCAGUUUGACACCCGCGCGAUCAGCAACCACUCCAAGUCGCCAGGACGAUACAUUAUUUAAAACUGAUAUAUUUUGAAUAGAAUCAUAUCUCCGUCCAUUUUUCACGUAUGAGUUAACCUAAUACCGUGUCCAAAACCCUUUUUACGUCGGUACGUAAUACAUUGUUUAACAAAGUUAAAAAAAUCGUUACUUUUCGUCAAGCCCGCCAUUAUGAAGCGAUCCUACACUAUAAUCUUGAUGGCCUCGAUGUCCUUAAUAACAACCGAAGCUGCUCACAUGAUAUACGCGCAAAACUGUGGUAAAGAAGAAUACAACCGAUGCAUUGCUCUAGCUGAUCCGUUGGUGAGAGAUCCGCACUUCAUCUAUCCGGGAAAUCUAAAAGACAUCGAUAACAUAUGCCGCACUUGGACGCUAUUUGUCGACUGCACAAAGCGGUACACAGAACACUGUUUUGAGGAGAGCAAACGGAAAGUAUUUAACAAAGCCGUUGAAAAUUCUAUCGAAUUGGUCCAUCAAAUGUGCACGUCGCCUCAAUACCAGACAGAAUAUUUGAAGCAUGCUUCGUGUUUACGAACGACGCUGUUUGACGAUUCUCGUUGUGGUAAACAUUAUCGAUCUUUGGCCGGAUUCAUUUCGAAUGAGACCAGUGGACCCAGCAUUUGUUGCACUCACCACAGAUUCCGGGAAUGUGUGCUCGACCAAACACGAAGGACUUGCAACCAAGACGACGAUUCCUUUACACAACAAUUGUUGGAUAAAGCAUUUGGAUUUUUUCGCAACCAGUGUAUAGAUUACGUCCCCAAUCAAGACGAAUGUCCUGGAUAUGAAUAUUACAACGCGAUGACCACUAAUCGAUGGCAAGACGAUAAGGGCAAAGGAUCACCGAGUCCCAACCAGUGGCCUUCGACUAAACGACAGGACGAUUGGAGACCCGAACACAACACCGGUGGCUGGUCAGAUGGUCCGUCGACGGUACACGCGGGCAGCGAGAGGACGAGCCGCGGGCAAACCGUGCAAGCCGCGUCGUUCAGCACGCCGACGUGGCAGGUGUCGGCGGCAGGAGUCGGCGGCGUCGGUGGCGGCGGCGUCUCGCCGUCGGCCCAGCCGCCCACCAAGAAACCGGACGGCAACAGUUUCAUGAGCAACGUGAUCGACGAGCCCAACCAACAGGGCCUGGCCCAGACCGGUGCCGGACCGGCGCCGAACGCGCCCAGCGCCGCGACCCUCGCCGCCGCCCUGGCGCUAUUGGCGCUGGCAAAAGUCGCCACGUAAUAUCGGAAAAAUGUAAACUGUUGACAUUACAU